GCCUGCACCUCUCGGUCCCCGGCCGGCCGCUGAUUCUGCUGCGGCUGCGCCUGCUCACCGCUCGUCACCGCUGCCGCCAUGCCCGGAGGGCUCCUUCUCGGGGACGAAGCUCCCAACUUCGAGGCCAAUACCACGAUCGGGCGCAUCCGUUUCCACGACUUCCUGGGAGACUCAUGGGGCAUUCUCUUCUCCCACCCCCGGGACUUCACCCCCGUGUGUACCACCGAGCUCGGCAGAGCUGCAAAGCUGGCACCAGAGUUUGCCAAGAAGAAUGUUAAGCUGAUCGCCCUUUCAAUAGACAGUGUUGAGGACCAUCUUGCGUGGAGCAAGGAUAUCAACGCUUACAAUGGUGAGGAGCCCACAGAAAAGCUGCCCUUUCCCAUCAUUGAUGAUAAGAAUCGGGACCUUGCCAUCCAGCUGGGCAUGCUGGACCCGGCGGAGAAGGACGAGAAGGGCAUGCCUGUGACGGCUCGUGUGGUGUUUGUUUUUGGUCCUGAUAAGAAAUUGAAGCUUUCUAUCCUCUACCCAGCUACCACGGGCAGGAACUUUGAUGAGAUCCUCCGAGUAGUUACCUCUCUCCAGCUGACAGCUGAAAAGAGGGUCGCCACCCCAGUCGACUGGAAGGAUGGGGACAGUGUGAUGGUCCUUCCCACCAUCCCUGAAGAGGAGGCCAAAAAGCUUUUCCCGAAAGGCGUCUUCACCAAAGAGCUCCCUUCUGGCAAGAAGUACCUCCGCUACACUCCCCAGCCUUGAGCAGGGCCGGGCGGCGGCCCUCCUGCCGCAGCUCCCUGGAGGCACCCGGUGUGAUCACGGUGCGGUUGUGGGUCACUCUGCUACUGGCGUGCUCAGUGGCGUGGCACUAACACUUCUCGGGACUCUACUCUGUGCCUUCACCAGCUGUGUGUUCUGCUCACAAGCCUCAGCUCUCUGAAGUAGGUUCCGCGUUUGAGACUCGGAUCUCGUUGUAUCUCCGCAGGGUUGUGUUCAGCGAGGUAUUAUGUGGAUGGUGGAGAAGCUUGCUUCACGCCGUCACAGGAUGACUGUAACUCACGCAGCCCUCCUGAUCUAAUCCUCUCAUUACCCAUUUUGCAGAGCAUUAGAACUUGAGGCUCAACUUCCUCUGUAAAUGUCUAAGUGUGUGGAACAAAAAGUAACCCAGAUAUUCUUUAAUAGUGUUUUGAUCACAACCAGGGGGCAAAACUUUUUCAAUUCUAUACUUUUCUAGUAGAUCAUUGAAGUGGGAAGAUAAGGAGAGGCAUCUUUAUUUUGCCGUCAAAUUUUUUUUUUUUUUUGCAAGAAACUUCUUUCAAAAGGGGGAGACUGCAGAGAAGACUUCAUUUGCCUGCCAGGGAGGUGCCCGAAGGUGUGAGCAAGACAAGCCCCAGAGUGUUGCUGACAUCAGUCUGCCCUUGGUUGAUGUGUGCAUGGGAGGCACGCUCUGAAAGGAGGUGGAAUGAGCAUGUUGUUAUGGAACCGUUCUUGCAGUGGGUUGCAGUUUUCUAAAUUUUGCUUUUUGGGGAUCAGCAAAUAAAAUCCUUUGUUGAAAUUGGA